AUGGUUGGGCUGAAGAAAUCAAAAACUCCGAAAACAACAACCCAAACUGGACCUAAAAAGUCGAAGGAACCGAAAACUGGGAGCAUGCCCAAGUCCACUCCAUCGAAAAGCGAAAAAUCGAAUUCUCCCAAAAAGAGAAACUGGAAAAAAUUGAUUCUUUACGGAACCCCCAUUCUCCUCAUUCUCGCUUUGGUUGCUGCUCUGAUUGUUGUCUUGCUAUUGGGAAAAUUUGGAGGAGUCGAAGUUUGCGAAACUAAAGAAUGCAUCAUGUUGGCUAAUCAUUUGCACAACUGGAAAGACGAUUCUGUAGAUCCUUGUCAAGAUUUCUUCAAAUAUUCCUGCGGCAAGUACUUUGAGCACAAUGACGCGGAAGAUCAAAUGACAAAGAAAAAUUAUAUAUUAUUUGGAUUGAUUAGAGAGUUUAUUAAGAAAAACAAACCCACCAGUUCGAAAACCGAGAAAUUGAUGGCCCAUUUAUAUAAGAAGUGUGAAGACACCAAAGAUGGCAACCUCAAAGAUCAGAUCGAAAAGGAGAGGAUCGAAGACAUCAAACGAGAAGCCAUGAAAAUUGGUUGGCCUUUGGCAGAUCCAAACUGGGAUGAAAGCAGUUUCGACUUGGCUGAUUUGCUCAACAAAAUCAAAUCAAGCAUUGGUGGAGAAAGAAACGAAAUCAGCUAUGGAAUAUUCAAAUUCAUUAUUCCUGCUGCUCCGAAAGUGUUUAUCGAUGCGACUAGUGAAUACUUCAAUAAUACCGAAGACGUAAAAAAUACCUUAUCAUUGGUUUUGGGAUCAGCCGCGUUUCGGGAUCAGUCACAACUGGAUGAUAGAGUGAAAGAAAUUAUUGAUUUCAGUCACGCACUGCAAGAUAUUGUUAAGUCUACACCUCAACCAGAGAAUCUAGAUGAAAUCAUGUUUAACAACUUCAAACAAUUGAAUGCUGUUCUUCCUGUCUUUGAUUAUUUGAUCAAGUCACUUCUAACAAAAGGACCAAGAAGUUGGGGAAAAGUCAAAAAUAAAAUAUACGGAUGGAACAGCUUUCUUUCAAAAGUCCGAAGAAUCAGUGAGCUUGUUUAUAAGGACAAAAGAAUAACUGCAAACUACUUGGUUUACAAAUAUGUUUCAAACUCUCUAAGGUUCAAACCUACAACUGAUACAAAAUGUGAAAGGAUAGUUGCUCACUUCCUCCCACUUCCUUCUCUUAGAGUUUUUAUUCGAAAUCAUUUUGACAAGGGUGCUUUGAAGGAUGUAGAUAGACUGGUGGAGGAUAUCAGAUCUAGCUUUAUCGAAAUGCUCGAAAAGUCUGAAUGGAUUCAUGAGAAGACAAGAAGUGCUGCAAUUCGGAAAGCAAAAGCCAUGAAAAAGACGAUUUCGUAUCCAGACGAAUUGGAGCAACCAGGAGCGUUGGACAAACAUUACAGUAUUCAAUUAGAUCCAUCCGAUUCGUUUUAUUUAACCAUGAGAAAAAUCGACCUGGCAUCAAUGAAACUUAUGAUGGAUUAUGUCUCUUCGGAUUUUCCAAUGGGUCCACAUUUCUUUCUGACGACUAAUGCUGUGUACGCUCCACUUGGCAAUUCAAUCAAUGUCUUUGCUCCGAUGAUGGACGAUCCUUUAUUCCAUACGAGUUUCCCGAACUACGCAAAAAUUGCUGGUAUCGGUUUCAUAAUUGGGCAUGAAAUUGGUCAUGGAUAUGAUAUCAACGGAAUAAAUUUUGACGAAAAUGGAAAUUUGAAAACGUGGUUUGAUGGGGCAGAUCAAAGGGAGUAUGAGAAGAAAGCAGCGUGUCUUACCAAUCAGUAUAAUAACUACGAUGAUCCUAGUUUUGGAAAGACAUUGAACGGCACUCUCACUGUUGGAGAAAUGAUGGCUGACGAAAUCGGGCAGGAUGUUGCUUGGAGAACAUUCAAAAAAUUGGAUUUGUCACAGGAAUUGGUGCGCUCCGCGAUCAUCGUUACCACUUGCAAAGCAGUUGGAUGA